AAAGCUCUAUUCUGCUUUGUCUUGCCAUAUACACUCCAGUCUUACAAUUUCUUCACUCUCUUCUUCGAAUUCUAUAAUUCCCUUCUCUCCCCUCUGUUUUGAUUUGUUUAGAAAGAGUGAAAAUGUCGGCCGGCAGAAUUGUCCCCUUCGGGAACGGCCCAGAGUACUCCGGAAAGCUUACUCUCUACGUCCUUGUAACAUGUAUGGUUGCAGCCAUGGGUGGUUUAUUGUUCGGCUAUGAUAUUGCAAGUACAGGUGGGGUUACGUCGAUGCCGUCGUUUCUGAGGAAGUUUUUUCCCUCGGUCUACGCAGGGCAGCAAAGGAACAAAUCGACGAACCAGUUCUGUCAAUCCGACAGGGAGACCGUUACUCAGUUCUCGUUGUCCCUCUAUUUAGCGGCGAUUCUAGCGUCGCUGGUGGCCUCCAUCGUGACGCGUAGAUACGGGAGAAAACUCUCCAUGCUCUUCAGCGGUUUGCUCUUCUUCGCCGGAGCUCUCAUCAACGGCUUCGCCACAGCCCUUUGGAUGGUGAUCGUCGGCAGAAUUCUAUUGGGUUUCGGCGUUGGAUUCGCAAAUCAGGAUGGUUGGUGCCUAGUGAAAUUUUCCCGUUGGAAAUCCGGUCAGCUGCGCAGAGUAUCAAUGUUUCUAUCAACAUGCUUUCCACGUAUUCUUUUCGCAUUUGGAUCCCUUUGACAAAAUUCAGUUUGUUCCUCUUCUUUGCAUUUUUCGUGUUUGUGAUGUCCAUCUUUGUCUACUUCUUCCUACCUGAGACAAAGAAUAUCCCUAUUGAAGAGAUGGCUCAAAUAUGGGAGUCACACUGGUAUUGGUCACGAUUUGUCCAAGACAUUGAUGUCCAAUAAGAUAUAGACGUAUAUAUCAUACCCACACCAGGAGUUUCCACCCUGCCCUUCUUCUUCUCAUACUUCCAUCAUCAACUAAGAGGUCAACAAACUAAGAGUUUUACAAAAAAAUGAGGAACCCCUCUUCAAGUUCGACUCUUCUAUUCAAUACUGGUAACAUUCAGACUGAAAGACAACAAAGACAUGAAGGCCAAUGUUUGACGAUGUAUUGCAUUGAUGAAAUUAAACCAUUAGGGCAUUUACCAGAAAGAUAGAAUGAUCUCUAACUCGUAUAAGUUUAUUGCAACAAACUCUAUAUAAGCAUGAUUUAGUUUUAAAAACUCGUGGGGAACUUGUAGCAAGUAGAAGACAUGGACGUGCAAAGGAAGAAAAAAACCACAUGAUAAAUGAGAUAUGAAGUA